AAGAAUCAGAGCGGGGGUAAGCAGCGCGUCAUUUCGUGCUAGGACGCCGGCCUGUGUAGAUUUUCUGUGUGUCAAGUUUUCUUUCCGCGAGUUUCUUUUUUUUUCUUUCUCUUUUUCUUGUAAUAAAUCUUUAACAACGAAAAAUCAUGUCGGUUGUAUAUAAAAAUACAAUGAAAGCUCUUGGAAAAUAUGUGCCUGAAAAACUUCAACCAUUUUGGAAUCAUCCAGCCGGACCACAGACCAUAUUUUUCUGGGCACCAGCUGUAAAAUGGGGACUUGUGAUAGCAGGUUUAGGCGACUUACAAAGGCCAGCCGAUAAAAUUUCUAUUGGACAGUCUUCUUCAUUGGCCGUUACCGGAGUCAUUUGGACGAAAUAUUCUUUAGCGAUCACACCAAAAAAUUGGAGUCUUUUCAGCGUGAACUUUUUUGUCGCAUGUACAGCACUUUAUCAAAUUUCUAGAGCGAUAAAAUAUCAACGAGAACAAACAGCUUUAAAGAGUCAAUCAUCAAAAAGCAGCUAGUAAUAAUUAUCGUGAAAUUGCAUUCCUAGAAAAAGAAGAUAUGGCGAGUGUUGGAUGAAAACGAUUUUUAAGGCGAAAAGAAGAAAAAAGAAAAAAGAAGAAAGAAGAAUUAGCAUUACGUACGUUGACGUACAAAUGCUCGUUGUACAGAUUCGAAGUUCAAACGAACAUCGAUGAAAAUUUCGUACGAAUAUUUAGAACGAUAUUAAAUUUCACAUUACGUCGUCAAUGCUUUUUGUUUAUUCAACGAAAGCAUACAGAAAAGACGCGAUGAUUUAUCGAUAAUUAAACAUAUAAAUAUUCAUAUACAUAAAUAUAUAUAUAUAUAUAUAUAUAUAUAUAUAUAUAUAUAUAUACAUAUAAUAUAUACCGAAUGCAUGCAGUGCAUGCAGAUGAAUGGUACAAAUCGGACCAUGUAGACUUAUCGACGCGUCGACCACUGUAGGAAGUUGUAACAUAAAUUACAUAAUAUGAGAACAAGUGUCUACGUUUCUAACUGUAAUGUCGUAUGUAAAAGAUGCCGCAACAUUAUUUAAUAACCGAUCAUAUACUAUAUAUUGGUUAUACAUCGGAAAUUGUUACAAAUAGCAUAAGUACAAACGGGAAACCCGAUGAACUUAAUAAAAACAACAUUCAUCGUGAUAUAAUUUACAUUUAAUCGCUAUAUUAUAUCUAUAUUAUAGACUUGCAUUCCCGCAUUAUUAUUGAUAAUAUCGUGCAUCAUCUUAUUGUAAAUAUAUUUAUCUUCCUACGAGCUCCUACUCUACCUCCGAAACUACGAUUUAAGGAUUUUAAUUAUGACGAAUAUAUUUGACAUCAACGUCGGCUAAUUCGAAAAUAUUGUAAUAGAUGUGUACAAAUUCUAUACUUUUAAUGGACAUUGUUGUAAUUGAUUCUUGAAGAUUGUUGAAAUAAAGUACGGGUAAAGAAGAAA